UGGCCCCAAGCGCAGGAGCAGCGAUGCUAGCAACCCAUGUGCCAAAAGGGAGCCGAAAAGUGCUUCCUGUAAGUGGAAAGGUGAGGGUUCUCAACUUCAUCAGGAAAGGAGAAAAGCCGAAUGCCGAGGUUGCUAAGAUCUACGAAGUUGGCAGUGGAGACUGGUGAGUCAGAGAAGACCUCAAGGGGCAAGCUGCUUGGACCAUGGCCUCUGACCUUGACUUCUCACCUCCUGAAGUGCCUGAGCCCACUUUCCUGGAGAACCUGCUGCGGUACGGACUCUUCCUGGGGGCCAUCUUCCAGCUCAUCUGUGUGCUGGCCAUCAUUGUACCCAUUCCCAAGUCCUCAGAGGCGGAGCCCGCGGAGCCCAGGAACGUGGAGGUGUCGAGGAGGCCCAAGGCCGUGGUGCCUUCUGCAAGCAAGAGGCCCAAGAAGGAGACCAAGAAGAAGCGCUAGAGCAGGAGGCUAGGACCAGGCCAGCUGCUCUCCCGGGAAGCCACCUCCGUCCCGGGCUCAGGGGCUGAGGUGGCCGUGACACGCUCUAAGCACAGAGGCCUGGAUAGUCCCGAUGGUCCCCGGGGCCCUGGGCAGACACCACUUCUGGUCCCUGUGCUUCGGGACCACGUUGAGUCAAAAGGCCUGAAAGACCCUUGAGCAGACUGUCCUAGGAGGUUGUUAGAGGUGGCGUCGACUCCCAUGGUUAUGUUUUCUUACUUACCCGUCCCGGCUGCCUGUGGUCACUGCUUGUGGUUUGGGGUCAUUAUCUCAUGCUGACGACAGUCCUCUCCCAGUGUCUGUGCUACAGACCUCCUGCUGAUCAGUCACUUUGCCUGUCUGUGUGGACAGAGCCAGCCACGCUUGUGUGUUUACGUCGAGGCGCCAAGGCCUGGCACCAUUAGUGAUCCCACCAGCUGUGGCAGCCCGGGCAGAGAGAUGCCUGGUGUGGGAGCCAGCAGCAGGCCGGGCCAGGGCAGCGCCUGGUUCUGCUCCAGCAGGUGGAAGGGAUUUGGCUGAACGAGUGCUUCUGUCCUGGGCACAAGCUUCCUGAGGCUCCGAAACAGGAGGCCUGUCAGUUCAGACCAGCCUGGCGUGUCAGCCAGUCGUAACACAUCGGGUGUGCCUUUACCUUUGACCCCAUCUGUCAUUCCCUGACCAGCGAGGAAAGGCCAAUAAACUGUGCAUGUUGACCCUG